AUGCCCAUAAAAGACACACCCAACAAUGUGAAGAAUGAGAGCAAGAGACUGUCACCCCAGAAGUCUCAGAAAUGUACGAAGUGCCCCUUCAAAACUGACAGCAGGAAAAAGAUGGAUGUCCACAUGGUGUUUCACAGGAAAAGAGGAAAGUACAAGUGUAACUUGUGUUCCUAUUCCACGGACAGGAUGUCAACGCUUGGGCCGCACAGAAAGGUUCAUCUCAAACAACAAGAGGCCGCAGAGAGAAGUGCUCGGAACGUGAACAAUGAAAUGGGAGUCGUGCACUCACCACUUGCAGCCUAUAGAACAGAGCCAAGACUGGACAGUGGACAAAAGUACUCCUGCAAUGCUUGUCCUUCCAAGUUUAAUAGUCUGCUGGAUGUGAGGGAGCAUGUUUCUCACCACCUCAGACAGUUUUCUUACUCGUGUCCAGAGUGCACCUAUGGUGCUGACUCCGAAAGAUCAGUUAAGAGUCACAAAGGAGUCCACGAGAGACAUGGAGACAAGAAGUCCAGGCCAGUAAUUAAACAUGCCACACAAGCAACCAAUGAUUUGGCAUUACAUUCAGCUGAGGAGGAUGAAAGGCCAGCAGAGGGUAUGAUUAAGAAACGUAAAUAUCAAUGUGAGCACUGCCCUUACUCGACAGAUAAGCUUCACAAAAAAUCUUCACAUGAAAGCAAUCAUGGAGCAAACCAUCCGAACAAGUGUCAUCUUUGCUCUUACUCCACCAGUGCCUCAAUCAAGGUGCACUUGAGGGUCCAUGAGAAGUAUGUUAGAGGUAAGACCAAGGGCCAAAAGGUGGAUACUGCUGGAAGCAUUCUCACUGUGGAGAAAAUUGGAAGUGCCAGGGACCGCUGGCAGUACAAGUGCAGCCAGUGUCCAUACCUUGCUAAAACGGCAAGUUACGUCAGGUCACAUCAACGCUAUCACUCUGCGGACCUCCCACUGAAAUGCCCAGACUGCACUUUUUCCUGCAGCCGUCUGCAGCAGUUGUCCUGCCAUGCGGAGUGGCACGGCAAGCCCCCAGCUCAGGACAAGCAGCAAAGCAGCCCUGAAGUAAAGCAGAAGCCGACAAAGCGGGGUAGGAUAGGAACACUACAACAAAAGUUGUAUGAACAGGGAGUUGAGAGGAUUAUGAUCAAUGGCAAGAAGCAUUAUAUUUGUCCUCACUGCCCCUUCCGGUCCAGAUGGGCUGACCAGGCUGUCGCCCACCUUGAGCACCACUUUGUUAUGUACUCGUACAAGUGUGCACACUGCUCCUACUCCACCAGGACGAAGGACAAAGUCAAAUUCCACAUGAACCUACACAAAAAGGUGGCUGAUGACGGCAACGGCCACUCCACGGAUGGUGGGAAGAGGUUGGCUAGGACAGCACAAAGGGACAAUGAGGCUGCUAGCAGCCCAAGUGAAGCAGGCCUAACUAAAGGUCCGAGAACAAGAGCAAGGCUAGGAGUUAUAGGCCAGUCCCCAGUCAAGCACACGACUCCACAAGUAUCUCCCACAAGCAGCAGUGUGUCCCGUAACCUUGGUGACUUCAGCAGCCCCAGUGGAUCUGAGAGCGCUUUUAUCCGCUACAUGACUCCAUCAUGCAGCAAGGAGCAGCCGGAGCAAGGCCAGCAAGUCACGGUUUUGACAUUUGUCUGCAUGUACUGUGAACGGCCAUUCACCGACCAAGAAAGCUGGCUGGCUCACAUGAAAAGGCACAGGCUUUAG